UGGAGCACGGGGGACUUGAGAGGAGGACGCGUCUGGACCCUGCUGGCAGGAUGAGGUGGGCAGGUCUCAGAGGCUGCGGGUAGCAUGAGGAGGGCACGAGGGGGGGACUUCCCUCCCCACCCACCUCCUGUCCCGUCAGAAUGAGGUCUCUUCCGCCCCAAGUUCACGUUCGAUUUAGGGAGAGAGAGUGGAGAGGCGAGGUUGCUGUGAGACCGCACCCCUCCCGGGUGCUGGGUGGGGUACAGGAAGAGACGACACCAGACCUGGGAGGGAGGGGGUCCAGUUUGUUCCCUGCCUGGCCACCAAAGGAAAAUGUGGCCUGAACCCCUUUGCUGCAGCUCAAGGACGUUGCACCCCACCCCACCCGAGAGGCGGGCGGUCGCUGGUCCUCGGACCCUGAGGCCGAAAGCCUGCACCGCCUCCGGCCCCGCCCGCCCGCCUCGCCGCCUCGCUAUUGGCUGCACCUUCCGGGCUGGAGCCCCUGGCGGGGUAAUUAACGAAAGAUUAAUGAGAUUCCCAAAGUCAACAGAAAAAUCGAUGGGCUGAGGAGCCCGAGCAGCGGCUGCGCAGUUCCGCGAGGGUAGGGCGUCGGGGGUAUCGGUGCGGGCGCGGGGGCCUCACCUGGACUGAGGAUCGGCGCUGCGCCCGCAGUCGGUGGUCAGCCGGCCCCGAUGCCCGCCCAGGCCUCAGCCCCUCUUCAGGCUCCAUCCGUGGCCUCCCCAGAAGCGCAGGAGACUGGAGCAGCCCCGGCCAAGGGGAAGCCAGUGGACGCGGCGGGGGCCGAGCACGCCUCACCCCAGCAGAAGUCCUGGCUGGUGCGGCAUUUCUCACUGCUGCUGCGGAGGGACAGGCAGGCCCAGAAGGCAGGGCAGCUCUUCUCGGGGCUCCUGGCCCUCAACGUGGUGUUCCUGGGCGGAGCCUUCAUCUGCAGCAUGAUCUUCAACAACGUGGCCGUCACGCUGGGCGACGUGUGGAUCCUGCUGGCUGCGCUGAAGGCCCUGUCCCUCCUCUGGCUCCUCUACUUUGCCGCCCGCACCACGCGCCACCCCCACGCUGUGCUCUACCACGACCCUCACGCGGGACCCAUUUGGGUGCGGGGCUCCCUGGUGCUCUUCGGCAGCUGCACCAUCUGCCUCAACGUCUUCCGGGUGGGCUAUGACGUCAGCCACAUCCACUGCAAGUCGCAGCUGGAGCUCAUCUUCCCUGUCAUCGAGAUCAUCUUCAUCGGCGUCCAGACCUGGGUGCUCUGGAAACACUGUAAGGACUGUGUUCAGGUCAGGACCAAUCUCACCAGGUGUGGUCUAAUGCUGACCCUGGCCACAGAUCUGCUGCUGUGGGUGCUGGCUGUCACCAACGACUCCAUGCACCGCGAGAUCAAGGCUGAGCUCAACGCCCUCAUGGAAAACUUCUCAGGCAAUGACACCAACACCUGCCUCUGUCUCAACGCCACGGUGUGCGAGGUCUUCCAGAAGGGCUACCUGAUGCUCUACCCCUUCAGCACCGAGUACUGCCUCCUCUGCUGCGCUGUGCUCUUUGUCAUGUGGAAGAACGUGGGCCGCCGCCUGGCACCCCACACAGGCACCCACCCCGGCACCCCUCCCUUCCACCUGCAUGGGGCCAUCUUUGGGCCACUGCUGGGACUGCUGGCCCUGGUAGCAGGCGUGUGCAUCUUCGUGCUCUUCCAGAUCGAGGCCAGUGGCCCCACCAUCGCACGCCAGUACUUCACCCUCUACUAUGCCUUCUAUGUAGCCGUGCUGCCCGCCAUGAGCCUGGCAUGCCUGGCGGGCACGGCCAUCCACGGGCUGGAGGAGCGAGAGCUGGACACGCUCAAGAACCCCACCCGCAGCCUGGACGUGGUGCUGCUGAUGGGCGCCGCGCUGGGCCAGAUGGGCAUCGCCUACUUUUCCAUCGUGGCCAUCGUGGCCACUAGCCCCCAUGAGCUGCUCAACCGCCUCAUCCUGGCCUACUCGCUGCUGCUUAUCUUGCAGCACAUCGUCCAGAACCUCUUCAUCAUCGAGGGCCUGCACCGGCGCCCGCUCUGGGAGACGGCGCCCGAGGGCCCGGCAGGGAAGCGGGAGGCUGAGCCACCCCGCCGGGGCUCCCUGCUGGAGCUGGGCCAGGACCUGCGGCGGGCCUCGCUGGCCUACAUCCACUCCUACAGCCACCUCAACUGGAAGCGACGGGCGCUCAAGGAGAUCUCGCUCUUCCUCAUCCUCUGCAACAUCACGCUGUGGAUGAUGCCUGCGUUUGGCAUACACCCAGAGUUUGAGAACGGGCUGGAACAGGACUUCUAUGGCUACCAGACGUGGUUCACCAUCGUCAACUUCGGCCUGCCUCUGGGGGUCUUCUACCGCAUGCACUCCGUCGGGGGGCUGGUGGAGGUCUACUUGGAGGCUUGAGGCUACCCAAGGACCAACCCCCAGCAGAAUUCCCAAGUGCCAAGACUGGGGAGAAGGUAGCCCAAAGCCUCUGAGCAGGGGCGCCUAGACCAGACUGGGUUCCCCAAAGCCUCCCCCUCCCCAGAUCCUCACUGAGGUGGGGGCACUGUCUGCAGCCCAAGACCAAGGGCAGGACCUGGACACUGAGCUUCUGAUGCCCGUGCCCGGGACGUGCGUGCCCCUGCUCACCACCACGAUCAGUACAGCCCAGGGUGCACCCCAAGAGGCCUGAGUCGAAGAGGGCCGCUGCCACCGAGCCUGGCCGGCCUCAGGGGUCUGCCUCCUUCUGCGGGAAGGACACCUGGUCCGAGCUCAGCCCAGGAGAUCCCAGAAGCUUGCAGCCCAGCAGGCGGCCCUGGCCCUCCCUCGCCACGUACUCUGUCUCCUAAUGAGUUCAUUAAUUAGCUACCAGGCAGGGUUCAACAGCUCUCUCUUGCUGCCAUAAACCCUGUUUGUUUGAUCGA